AUGCACACGCUCGCCACGCCUGUGGCCCCACCACCGCCGCUCGUUGCCGCCGGCCAAUCAAUUCGGCUGCCUGAUCUGCCGACGCCGUCGCCACGUCCACUGGGCGCGCACACGCUCACUCCGGCUCGACAUGCACAGAGUCCAGCAAGUGCCUCGGUGAGCCCGGGUGCUGCUUCGUCGACCAAGCUGGCGUCACUGCAGCUUGUGGCACCGCGAUCGGACACUGGAUGGGUGGUGCCACAGCCUGUGGUACACAUUGCGGACGCCUCUUCCGCAGCUGAGCCGAGCGUUGAGGUUGCCGACAUGGCUGUACCGUAUGCGCUCGAUGCGAGCGAGGAGGAGGAGGGCGGUUGCGGCAUGGGGUGCAGGUGCCUGCAGACGAGGUCGAGCGGCAAUGUGCUGGGCCUCCUGGGCACGGCGGUGUUUGUGGGAGGAGCCCUGCUGACGCAGGGCGCGUCGUACUACAUGGCUGAUACAGACAUUGGCCUUGUGCUUGGCCUCGUGCUUCCGCUGGCUGGUCUUCCGAUCCUGUUCUCGAUCACAGCGCUGGUCAUUGUAGUUGCAUUCCGUCGCAACCCUGGCGGGAUCAGCGUUGGCGAGUGCUUCUUCCCGCUCCUUGGCUACCUGUUUGCCUUUGUGGGCGUGGCGACGAUUGUGGGCAGCAUCUACUUUUCGCUCCUCGGUUCACUCGAUGCAUCUGAUUCGUACUACCGCGGGCCGCUGCCGGCGGCGACGAGCUCGGUGCAGAUUGCCGCGCUGCGGUCCAAGCCGUUUGCAGAUCUCUCGCGGUUUGAGCUUCACAUCGACCGGGCCGGCUUCGCCAAGUCGAGCAAGAGCAAGUCGACUAAGAGCAAGGCGAGUCAUGUAGCAGUACCGGUUACGGUACCUGGCGCUACCGACGUGGUGGCUUUUGCUUGCUCGUGCCGCAAGGCGUCAUCGGGCUGCCGCUCGUACCCUGUGGCGCCAUACCCGCGCGAGGCGGCGUGGUACAACCCAGGACACAAGCAGGUUGCGGUGGUCAAGUCUGCGCUUGCGCGCAAAGGCUGCAUGAAGGCGAUUUCCAACUCGAUGUCCAAGUUUACCGGCAAGGACGGCGCGCCCGACUUUGAGCUGACCAUUCCCAAGGCCGACGUUGUCAUUCUCGAGUGGGCCGAUCUGAAGCGGGUGCGCAAGUACGCCUUUGACGUUGCAGUGGCCACCAAUGCAUGCCUUGUCGGCAUGGCGUUCCUUGGCGGACUUUUGUGGUGGGCGCUGUCGAUGUGCUAACCCGCGCACUACCUCCCAUCUGUAUUUCUCUGAUCAACUCCUCCACAUAUCCACCUCUCCGAUUGUUUCCCACCGCCAUCCGUGCAGUCCCGCCGACGCGGAUCAGGCUAUCAUCGCCCGUCCCCCAAAUUGGCGCAUGCCACUCUGCUCCGAGGUGUGGCCAGGGGGAAGAGCACCAGCACACACAAGCAUAAGCACAUACACAC